AUGUUGGGCAACGUUGUGAUUGCGGUGCCUGCAAGUCCUGCUAGGAUCCGCACGAUUCGGAUUGAUGACGUCGUCAAGGCUUUGGAGAUCGUCGCGGAGCGCCUGGGCGAUGCGGGCAGCUGCGACACGUUGCAGGCAUGGGCUCAAGAGCGCCGGGUCACGCCAUCAGGACAGCAGCUGACGCCCGAGGCCGUGGAGAAGGCAAUCGACAUCUGGAAGGUGCAGAAGGCGUCUGCAAAGCGAACGGCAGGAACACUGCCACAGACCACGACACCUGCAGAUGACAACGCCCUCGAUGGCAAGAGGAGGAAGCUGAGCUAUGAGGAGAGAGCCAAGGAGAGGAAGGCCGAAGAGGCCAAGUUGGUGGAGAUGACGAAGCGCAGAUUCGAAGAGGUCCUGGCAGAGAUCCAAGGACAUGCCGAGGAGCUGCUCCGGCGGCGCAGCCCGGAAGCACUCGAGGAGUUUCGCAGCACAUCUCCUGGCGAUCGGCGCGAGCUCUACACGAGAAUCGUUCACAAAGAGCAGGAGCCGGAUGCAUCGCCUCCGGAAAGCCUCCGGGCCGAGCUGCUCAGCCACCAGGUUGAGGGCUUGGAAUGGCUCGCCUCGCUUUAUGUGAACGGUCUGCAUGGUAUCCUAGCGGAUGAGAUGGGCCUUGGGAAAACGAUACAGUCCAUCGCUCUGCUCCUCCAUCUGCAGGAGCGCAAGCAGAACGCUGGGCCACAUCUGGUCGUCGCCCCGAAAUCUUGCUUGGGGAACUGGCAGGCCGAAUUCUAUCGCUUUGCGCCAUCCGUGGCGGUGCAUGUUCUUGUUGGGGACCAGGAGUCGCGAGAGGCAGAGCUAUCGGCCUUUGAACGGAGCUUGCGUGGUAACCAGGUCGUGGUUUGUGUCACCAACUACGAGCAGGCCACUUGUGACAGAGAGGACAGGGCAGCGAUGCAGAGCUUUGCGCGUGCAGAGACUGUGCAGGUUCACCGCAACGAACUCCUUAUGAAGACCGACUGGCAGCUUGUGAUCGUGGAUGAAGGCUUCGGGAAGCUACAGGCUCCACGGGCAAUCAGUCGUUCCCUGGAUGCAGGGCACCGGCUCAAGAAUCCCGAGACCUUGCUGCACACAACCAUGACGAAGCUCAGGUGUCGAAUGCGGCUGCUUUUGACUGGCACUCCGCUUCAGAACAGCUGGUCGCUGGCCCUCACGGCACUGGGCAAUGCCCCUUUGCUCUUAGCGGGAUCUCGACGCAGACACCGUAGAGGAAGUGUGGCCCGAUGCAGCUUGGAGAGCCAAAGCUCGAGCUCUUCGAGCUCUGCAAGCCCUAUCGACGACUGGCACUCUGGUCGCCUCAAUGCGUUGUCCUCGGGACUUGACUGGACGCGAUGCUUCGUCUCCGUCCUCUUCGUUGACUCGGCUCAGACUCCGGGAUACGUCCGUGCACGCUUGGCCCAGCGCCUGGCAGAUGCUGCCGCUGAGUGGAACGGCAUGGGACGCGUCCUGGAGUUUUACGCUUGCUCGUCGCGCGAGCAGCCCGACAGUUCUGACGGCAUCUCAGAGGUUUUCUCGGAAGCCGGGAUGGUCAAGGACAGCAUCUCUGAGUUCGCCCAAAACGUGGGGAUGGACUCAGAGGAGCUUCAGCAGAUUUUCCGGAAGCUGGGUGCUGGUAUGUGGGCUUCCUUGAGCCAGGAAGCAUUGCGUGAGCACGAUGUUAUUGUUGCGUUGGACGAUGCUGCUGCAACUGCUGUCAAUGAAGAGCUUAUUCGACAGGGAUUGCCCACAGGAUGCAUGCUCUUGAGCGAUUUCGAGUGGCAGCUGUUGCGGAAGAAGGAGGCCUUUCUUCAGACAAGCUGUGCAGAUGGCUCUGGCGAGCGCUUUCAAACGUUGGAAUCAUUGCAGGCAAUGGAGAGACAUGUUUUCGAGUUUGGGGAGGAUCGAAGAAGUGUGGCCGACCUGAACGUUCCUCCUUGGCCUCGCAGACCUGUGGGUCUGGGCAAAGAGGACAGUAGCGUCGGGGACUGGCGGCGCUUGCAUGCUGCGCUUCUGCAGGGCAGCUGGGGCAUCGUGUGGUUCCUGUUCUUGUCCUGGCAGGCCAACUAUUGCAACCCAUUGAGUCAGGCUUUCGACCACUACGACGCUUUCCCUCGUAAAGAUGAGCCCUCCACGCGAGCUCAGCAGCACCGCAAGAAUUGGCCACUCCAUCUUGAGAUGUUCUCGCCUACAGAGUGGCCCGGAGGUUGGCAGGUUCCAAUGUUUCUACGGCAAAGGCCGGCGACGACGCGUUCCUUCAGGGUGCCCCGCAGGGCCAGAGCACGUCCUUCAAGCCAUGGCCUAAUGCCAGCGCGGUGGUUGGUACCACCAAAGAAAGCGAGGCUCCUGCAUAAGGAGGGUCCCAUGGAAGCCGAGGCACGGGCGUUGCUGUCGUCUUGUCGUGGGCUGGAGUCUUUGCGGCGAUUGGAAAGCGAGCUCGCUGCGCCCGAUGCUGUUCAGGGGCUGGACUCGCUUUUCUUCGCCUGCGGUGUGGCAUCAGACAGGGCCUGCAUCCAGAAUUUCGUUAGAGAGGUCUCUGCUGUGGCAGGUGGACUGCAACAUAAAUUCAUCAAUGAGGUUGAGGUGCCGGCACUGUCAAGCUGCCUGCAAAAAGCACUCCGGUUGGAGGCCCCCGAGAGCCUGGCGGAAGAGGUGGCAUCAAUGCUGCGAUCCAGUGGUGAGGGAAGGCUGCCGAUGUUUCAGGCUAUUCAGAUUGCCCAGAAACAGAUCACUGGAGCCAACCACCGCCUAGAGUUGGGCCUCGUGGCAUUGGACAAGGCUCAGCGCAAAGGCUUGUCGCUGGGACCGAAACCGCUUGCAUUUUUGCUUGCUGGCUGCAUCCUGGCGGGAAGGGAGUUUCGUCAUGCAGCCAAAGAGAUCUGCAAGGCUCUGCUUGCAGCGGCGCAGCGCUGCAAGAUGGGCCUCGGAGAGAUGCUGCAGCCUGGGCUCCUGGAGUUCUGCUGCGCAGAACUCGGAGUCUCCAGGCAAGAGAUGAUGACGCCAGAAGCGGAGUCAGUGCAACUGGCGGCCAGGGCAGCAUGCCAGGCGGGCUCCAGCCGGACGGGGCGCCACGGGGCGGUGCUGAAGGGAGACGAGGUCCUCAGCGUCGGCUGCAACCGAGACAUCCGCCUCGUCUCGGGCAGGUGCUUCUCGGUCCAUGCGGAGCUGGAAGCAUUGUUGCGCUUGCCGACGCCAGCCAUGGCAACAGGCACGCGCUGUGUGGUGGUCGAGCUGGACGACUUUGGGAUCGGCUUCUGCGAUGCACACCCGUGCAAGGGAGGCUGCCGUCAAGCACUCCAGCGCUUCUCCGUUGCAGAGGUGCUGCACACAACCGGUGUGUACGACCGACCACGGGUCCUGCGGUCGGUGGCAGCGAACCCAGGGGUCAUCUCCAACUCAUUGCACUUCUUGCUUCGCAGCGGCGGUCCGCAGCAUGCACUGCCAGCGACGCUGACGGAGGCGCGCUACUGCGAUGAGAAGCCUCCGGAGGCCGUCCUUGACCUUCUGCUGGAUGUGGAGCGAGCGGAAAAAGAUCACAAACGCAUCUCGGAACUCUGGGCUCUUUUGCACUACUUGCUCCCGGAUCUUUUCACCAACAUGCUGGAUUUCAAGGCCUGGUUCGCAAGUCCAUUCAAGGGCUCAGGCAUGAACGAGUUCGAGGUGCAGCUGAACCCAGAGCAGGAGCAAGAGGUCUGUGCCCAGACGCAUGCGCUGCUUGCCCCCUUCUUGCUCCAGCGGCUCAAGGCGGAGGCCGUGCAGUUCUUGGUCGACACCUCCCUCCACGCAAGGAGGCAUGCAAAGCGAAGCGUGCCAGAGGAUCCGAUCACAGUGAUGGUCACAGUGCCUCUGAGCGCAUGGCAGGAAUCUGCGUACAGGGAUCUGGAGAAGAAGACUCUCAAACUCCUGCGGGAGAGUGUGGACGUCACGACCGAACAGGUCAACAAUGUCCUCAUGCAGCUUCGUAAGAUCGUCUUGCAUCCGUAUCUUUUUCAGGAGAGCUACGGAAAAGAUGCCGACUUGUUUCGGACCUCUGGCAAGGUCGAAACCUUGGAUCGCAUGCUGCCAAAGCUGCUGCGCUUCGACCACAAGGUGCUCAUCUUCUCACAAUUCACCAGUGCUUUGGACAUUCUCCAGGAUUACCUGGAGUGGAAGAAAAUUGACUUUGUUCGCAUUGAUGGGCAGGUGCCUCACACGGAGCGUCUCGCUCGCCUCAAGCGCUUCGAGCACGAGGCUGUGCCCGUCUUCUUGCUGUCCUCCCGGGCUGGAGGCCUUGGGCUGAACCUGCAGGCGGCUGACACGGUUGUGCUUUUCGACCUCGACUGGAAUCCUCAAAAUGACAAGCAGGCCGUUGCUCGGGUGCAUCGUGUGGGCCAAACUCGCGAAGUCCGAAUUGUUAGACUCAUCUCACAAUCCCGUGUCGAGAGGCACAUGGUGGAGCGGUGCUCGGCCAAGCUGCAAAUGGAGCAAAAGAUCCUCGGAGCUGGUAUGUUCCGGCAAGCCACUGCCGAACAGCGCCGCGGGGCGCUCCGUGCCGUGUUAGGCCUCGAGGCGAUGUGCACCCACAACCGGCUUGUAUCAGUGAAGGACCCCACGGGCGUUCAACUGACGACCCCAGAGGAGUUGAACAGACACCUGGCCAGAAGUGAGGAGGAGCUGCGGGUCUUCAUGGACAUGGAUGCAGAGCUGCUGCGGCCAAGACGCUUGCUGCCGCUUGAACUCAAGGAUGCACCACAGCUGGUCCGCUGUGGGCGGCUGAUGCGGCCGUCUGAGGCUGGACACCUGGGCAGCAUGGGAAUGUGGCGCUGUGGGUGCAUUCACGGGCCAGGUUCGCUGGCAGAGCAUGGGAUUGACAUCAAAGCUCGCAAGGACUUCUUCAAGGCGAAGGUACACACUUGGAGUUGCUUGUGCACGUGA